UUUAAAUGACUAAAUUUCCCAGGAAACAGUUUAAAAUCGACUCGAAAUCGAUUAAAAUUCAAUAGAAUUUCGAUUUUGGCGAAAGUCAAUCAACAUCACCCGAUGAAUUACUGACGUUAAUGACACUUGACUUGUUAUGAAAAAUCCAUAAAAGCCUCCCAAGCCUCCGGACACAUUUGAACUUCUUUAAAACCCAAAGAACCAAAAACAUGUUUAUCGUCAUCCAGCGAUAAUGCUGAUACUAAAAAAAUAACGAUACAGAAAUAAAUAAACCGAUGGUAAAUGUGUGUUACCACUGUUUAUCAUGUUCAAGGCAUUGCAAAACCCCCGAUUGAAGUUGAGGCAAUGAAGCCCCACCACUUGCGCUGAUUGCUCCCCGAUUUGCAAUUUAUUUUCUCUCUGUUCCCCUGAAAUUCAUACGAUUUCUCGCCUCUUCAAGUGCAGCCUCCACCGGGUGAGGGGAACGAGGACAAAAUUAUUGAUAACAGAUUUAUUUUCAAUAGUUGCUAUCGACCAUGACGAGACUCAGAGGAGUCCGUGUACCUCUCAAGUGUGAACAGUAUUGUAGUGGCAUCAAGACCAUCGUCAACCGCACAGGAAACAUGUUUCGAGCGGUCAAGACCAAGCUGACCCCGUGGAAUAGAAUCACCACGAGGAGGAGUAUUCUCACUGUUGCUGGGGAUAAAAAUGUCAAGAAGACACCGACACUUCCGGAAUUUGCUGAUGUUGUUAUCAUUGGGGGAGGUAGUGCGGGCUGCAAUGCUCUCUACCACUUGGCAAAACGGGGAUCAAAUGCGAUUCUACUGGAAAGAUCGAAAUUGACGUCGGGCACAACGUGGCACACAGCGGGGAUGUACUGGAGGCUGAGGCCUAGUGACGUUGACAUUCAGUUGUUGAGUUCCACGAGGACGACGUUAGUUAAUAUAGAGGAAGAAACGGGACUCAACCCGGGGUACAUCCAGAACGGUGGGAUUUUCAUAGCGCAUAAUGAGACUCGAAUGGACGAGUACAGGAGGCUUGUGACGGCGGGAAAGUAUCUCGGAGUGGAAGCGCACAUUUUGUCCGCGAAAGAGACCAAAGAGUUGUUUCCUCUUUUGGAUGAGAAAGUCAUCGUGGGAUCGAUUUACUGCCCGCAGGACGGAUCGAUGGAUCCAACAAUGCUGACGGCAGCGCUUACCAAAGCCGCGAAGAAUCAUGGGGGCAGGAUAAUUGAGGAUUGCCCAGUGACCAGACUGAUCACCGAGGAGCAGGAGUACGGAUGGAGGAAGAUAACUGGAGUGGAAACCCCAUUCGGUUUGAUCCGAACAAAAUGCGUGCUGAACGCGGCGGGUGCUUGGUCGAAGAGUGUCGCUAAAAUGGCAGGAGUGGACAUUCCCCUGAUCGCCAUGAAGCACGCCUACGUGGUGACCGAGAGGCUAGAGGGGGUCCAGGGUUUGCCCAACAUCAGGGACCACGACAGCAGCAUCUACAUCAAGGUCCAGGGGUCGUCCCUAGCCGUCGGAGGAUACGAGCCCAACCCCAUCAUCCUCAAGUCCCUCGCCAAGGACUUCACAUUCAGCCUCUACGAGCUCGACUGGACGGUCUUCAAUACCCACAUAAAUUCAGUGGUGGAACUUAUACCGAAAAUCGGCACCACUGGGAUUCAGUCCAACGUGUGCGGCCCGGAGAGCUUCACCCCUGACCAUAAACCGAUUUUGGGGGAGGAUCCCAAGUGCGCGGGGCUCUUCUACUCGUGCGGGUACAACAGUGCGGGGAUGAUGUACGGGGGUGGGUGUGGCGAGCAAAUCGCCUCGUGGAUCAUGGACGGCAGGCCUGAGAGGCACAUGUACAGUUAUGACGUCAGGAGGUUCACUCCGGAGCAGAGGAGGGAUCAGGUGUGGGCUAAUGAGAGGUCGCACGAGUCCUACGCGAAAAAUUAUACCAUUGUUUUUCCGCAUGACGCGCCGCUGAGUGGGAGGCAGUUCAAGAAGGAUUUGUUUCAUGAUUUACUGGUGAAAAAUGGGGCAGUGAUGGAGGAAGCCUUAGGAUGGGAGCGUCCAGCCUACUAUCAACCAGGAAAAAUCACCAACAUCCAGCCCUACGACUACAUGGGAAGCUACGGAUCCUCGAAGAACCGGAGGAACGAUUACGCCGAGGUACUGAAGAAGGAGUACACCUUCGGCUUCCCCGAGCACCACGACCUCAUCGGCUCGGAGGCCCUCGCCUGUCGAAACAAGGCCGCUCUUUUCGAUCUCUCCUACUUCGGAAAAUUCUAUCUCUGCGGGGCGCAAUCCCAGGAAGCUGCCAAUUUUUUGUUCACAGCUAAUGUCAAUCGGGAAACUAAUAGAACGAUUUAUACUUGUUCUUUGAACAAGUACGGGGGGGUCGAGGCCGACUGCACCGUUACGUCUAUCGAAGCGGGCUCUGGGGGGGUGGCCGAUCCCAUUUUCCAGAGGAAGGCUUUCUACAUUGUCGCUGGUGGAAGUUCGUCGUACCACACGUACUCCCACCUGAAUCGAAUAAUAAGGAAGAGAGGAUUCGAAGCGACAAUUCAUAAUGCCACAGAGACGAUGGGAAUUCUCUCCCUCCAGGGGCCAAACAGCCGGUACAUUCUGGAGGACAUAACAAAGAAAGACUUGUCCGACCAACUCUUUCCCUUCUCAACCUGUCAAAUUCUGGACAUAAGGGGCAACCUGGUGAGGGCAUUUCGACUGAGUUUCGUCGGUGAACUUGGAUAUGAGCUGCAUAUCCCUAGUCAAUCGUGUGAGAAAGUAUUCAAAGCACUGAUGGAGGCGGAUAAGGUUUAUGGAAUGAAAUUGGCUGGGUUCAGGGCGAUGUACAGUCUCAGUUGUGAGAAGGGAUAUCACCUCUGGAACUGCGACCUGAGGAUGGACGAUAAUCCAGUGGAGGCGGGGCUGGGGUUCGUUUGCAGGCGACAGGGGGAGUACAAUGGGAAGAAGGCUGUGGAAAAGUUGAAGAAUAGUGGAGUUACGAAGAAAAUGGUGCAUUUGCAUGUGAAGAGCCCUGUGAGAGUCUGGGGCUUGGAGGCUGUCUACAGGGACGAUGAAAUCGUGGGAUACCUCAGGCGAGGGGAUUACUCAUACGUAUACAACAAUAGUAUUGGCCAUGCAUACAUUUCAAAUCCCAGUGGUGAUAAAGUAACCAAACAGUUCCUAGAGUCCGGUAAAUACGAGGUGGAAGUUAUGGGCACGAGGUACCCAGCAGAAGUGUUCCUCCACAGUCCCUUUGACCCUGAAAACAAAAGACUGCUUGGCAACUACAGCUGAUUCAUUAGGUGUAAUCUCCGUGUGACGUUAAAAUACUGUACAUUUUUUUUACCUUUGUAUUCCAAAAUAUAAAUAUGAAUACAUUAA